AUGUAUCGUAGGCUAUGUGCGAGAAGCUGUAUUAGGCAAAGUUUGCUCAUGCACGUGCGCCUGUUGCGGACAAGUUGCGUAGAAAAUGUAGAUCCUGUUGGCGAGGAUUCUCUGAAAGACUCAUCUGUCCGUGAGGCUGUCGUUAUCAGCGAGGUUAACAUUCCUAAUCAAAUAUAUGAGGACAAACAUGGGGGAAUUAAAUUAGGCGAUGUCCACCCCGUAUCAGAGAAGGAAAAUGUUUUUGUUGAGAUGAACCAACUGAAGUACCUUUUCUCCCAGGAGGGACCAUACAUCGGUUCUAAGAGAAAAGAUGCAACCUCUGAUUCCGUUAGCGACCGUGGUCGGCGUAAGGUUGUUCGGGUUCCUCAGCCGGAGGUGAGCUAUGUCCCGAACGAGACAUCUUUCCGCAGACUUCCAAAAAAUACGCGAAUUCCUAAUGAGUACGAGUUGCGUGCCUUAUAUCCGAUGAGCACCGGUUUAGCCCUCGUUGAAGGACAGGCUGAUUGUGUUGAUCACAGUGCCUUCAGUCCAGACGAAGACCCCUCUCCGAUGGUUUUUAGCAUGAUUGUUCCCUCUGGUUGGUCAAAAACGGACCAGUGCCCAUACAUGGUUGUCCUCCCAGACCACCGAGGUGUUGCAAGAGAUUUUGAGGAUGUGUGUGCCAAUUUCUUUGAAAGGCCGGUGCAUCGACAGUUAAUGACGGAGCAAAAGUGGGUUGUCGUUGCCCCAGUGAUCAAUAUUAAGCACAAUUUUCAAAUUCCAGUGGAGGCUAUAGUCGCUCGAUUCUGUGAUUGGAUUGUGGAAAAUUUCAAUGUUGAGCACGGAAGAGUUCAUUUAUUUGGGAAGGGGAAUGGAGCAUAUGUUGCUCUACGUACUGUUAUGGAGCAUAAAGAUGUGGCAAUCAGUGUCACUGCGAUCCUGGGACGGUCUGGCACACCCUUCAGGCCAUUGGAUCGUCCGCAGGACAAGAUACGGAAUCUUAAUGGAGUGCACAGCUUAGUAUUUGUUCCUGGGUUGCUACGGAAACAAGACUGGUACUACAAAUUCAAAUUCAUGAUGGAUAUGGGUCGUGUAAGACCCGCCUUAAGGAAUGUCCAUUUUGCUGACGUCAGAGAUCACCAGGUUUAUUAUGCCAUAAACCCAUACGAGUUCUGGAAUUACAUGAAUUUUUUCCGCCAGCACAACAUUAAAAUGGUAACUGAGAGUGGGUACGGUCUACACUAG